AUGCAGACCGAGCCAGGGCAGCAGCCCACUGGGGAAGCGGUCCCGGACUGCGAUAUCUCUGAUCUCGACCUAGAAUAUACACUGGACGUAUCAGAGACAGACUCGGAGUCUGGCCUCGAGCAUGCGCUCUCCAGGUAUCUAUCGUAUCGCAGCAGGCAGAGCAGCGACUCUGACAGCUCAGAGAAUGCCUAUGACUCUGAUGACUACUCGGAUUCGGCUUCUUCUUACAACGAGGGGUCAGACGCAUCUGAUGCGUCUGAUGAGUCUGACAGCAGCAGUGAACUCAGCGGUGCAGAAGAGGCUAGCGACACCUCGGAUACCGACGAAUAUGACGAUGGUGGCGCCGACGUCAACGCGCAGGGUGGAGUCUUUGGCAGCGCAAUCUACGCGGCUUCAGGUGGAGGCUGCGAGCAGAUAGUCAAGAUGCUGCUCGACAAGGGCGCCGACAUUAACGUGCAGGGUGGACUGUACGGCUACGCACUCUACGCGGCUUCAGGUGGAGGCUGCGAGCAGAUAGUCAAGAUGCUGCUCGACAAGGGCGCUGACGUCAACGCGCAGGGUGGACACUUCGGCAACGCACUUCAGGUGGCUUCGUCUGGAGGCGACGAGGCGGUGGUGAGGCUGCUGCUCGACAAGGCAGUUUCGUACAGAGGCGACGAGGCGGUGGUGAGGCUGCUGCUCGACAAGAGCGCCGACGUCAACGCGCAGGGUGGACACUUCGGCAACGCACUCCAGGCGGCAGUAUCGUACAGAGGCGACGAGGCGGUGGUGCAGCUGCUGCUCGACAAGGGCGCUGACGUUAACGCGCAGGGUGGACACUUCGGCAACGCACUUCAGGCGGCUUUGUCUGGAGGCGACGAGGCGGUGGUGAGGCUGCUGCUCGACAAGGGCGCCGACAUCAACGCGCAGGGUGGAGUCUAUGGCAACGUACUCCAGGCGGCUUCGUCUGGAGGCGACGAGGCGGUGGUGAGGCUGCUGCUCGACAAGGGCUCCGAUGUUAACGCGCAGGGUGGACACUUCGGCAACGCACUUCAGGCGGCUUCGUCUGGAGGCCACGAGGCGGUGGUCAAGAUGCUGCUCGACAAGGGCGCUGACGUCAACGCGCAGGCUGGACACUUCGGCAACGCACUUCAGGCGGCUUCGUCUGGAGGCGACGAGGCGGUGGUGAGGCUGCUGCUCGACAAGGGCUCCGAUGUUAACGCGCAGGGUGGAGAAUACGGCAACGCACUCCAGGCGGCUUCGUCUGAAGGCCACGAAGCGGUGGUCAAGAUGCUGCUCGACAAGGGCGCUGACGUCAACGCGCAGGGUGGACACUACGGCAACGCACUCCAGGCGGCUUCGUCUGGAGGCGACGAGGCGGUGGUGAGGCUGCUGCUCGACAAGGGCGCCGACGUCAACGCACAGGGUGGACACUUCGGCAACGCACUUCAGGCGGCUUCGUACAGAGGCGACGAGGCGGUGGUGAGGCUGCUGCUCGACAAAGGCGCUGACGUCAACGCGCAAGGUGGACACUACGGCAACGCACUCCAGGCAGCAGUAUCGUACAGAGGCCACGAGGCGGUGGUGAGGCUGCUGCUCGACAAGGGCGCCGACGUCAACGCGCGAGGUGGAAUCUAUGGCAACGCACUUUACGCGGCUUCGUCUGGAGGCGACAAGGCGGUGGUGAAGCUGUUAGUGGCAUGGGGUGCCGAGUCAUCAUGA